AUGCUCACUAUGAUUAGGCUCGAAGAUGCUUCCAUUGAGGGUUUAUUGCUGACAUGCGUCCUUGUGCUUGCAGGCCUGCAUCUCCUUCGACUGACACUGCUCGGUGACCGAUUGGACGAGUUUCCCAGCAUUAAUCCGCGGAAACCCUGGGAAAUUGUCAAUGUCUUCGCUCAAAGAAGAUUCCAACAGAAUGGUCCUGCGUAUCUGCAAGCUGGGUUUGCAAAGUCGCCCAUCUUUAGCGUGGUCACCGACCUAGGGCCAAAAUUAGUGGUGUCUGGGGCCUUCAUCGAGGAAUUCAAAGAUGAAAAGCUGUUGGAUCAUUGGAAGUCGAUGGUCGAGGACUUUAUGGCAGAGGUCCCUGGUUUCGAGUCGAUGUUUCUAGGGAGUUUUCACAAUACGGUUCUUCGCGAUGUGAUUUCCGUCAUCACACGCGAACUAGAACAGUUACUGCCUCCCCUCUCGGAUGAAGUGUCGGAGGGUUUGGUGGAUACUUGGACAGAUUCAUCAGACUGGCACGAGGUCGCACUGCUUCCCAGCAUGCUGGGGUUGAUCGCGAAAGUCUCAUCUCUCGUCUUCGUGGGCGAACCCCUGUGCCGUGACCCAGUCUGGUUGGAAACAGUCAUCAACUUCACCCUCAUUCGACACAACGCACUCCUAACUCUCCACAAGUGCCCUGCUGUCCUUCGGCCCGUCCUUCACUGGGUUCUCCCUCCAUGCCAGAAACUCCGGCGGGAGAUCAAAACUGCACGGACACUCAUCAACUCUGCUCUGGAAAAGUCAAGAAAGAAUCCGCAGACUGAGAAAUUCUCCAGCGUUGCCUGGGUCGACGCUUUCGCCAACGGCAAUAAGUAUAAUGCCGCCAUGGUGCAGCUGAGACUGGCGAAUGCGUCCAUCCACUCCAGCGCCGAUCUGUUGGUCAAGGUGCUUAUCAAUCUAUGCGAGCAGCCAGGCCUGAUUCAGGAUCUCCGGGACGAGAUUGUUUCCGUUCUCGGGGAGAAUGGAUGGAGAUCCUCGACAUUGAACCAAUUAAAGCUCCUUGAUAGUGUUUUGAAAGAGAGCCAGCGAUUGCAUCCAGUCACGACCGGUUCAUUUUCGCGCUUUACGCGGCAGGAUAUCAAGUUGGCCAACGGCACCAAGAUUCCCAAAGGAACACCUGUUAUGGUUACUAACGAUGUCGCCGGGGAUGCCAGCAUCUAUCCUGAUCCCCAGGUCUUCGAUGGGUACCGGUACUUGAGAAUGCGUGAAGGAGCCGACAAGGCCCGGGCACCGUUCACAACGACGGGCCAAAAUCACCUUGGCUUUGGGUACGGGAAGUUUGCCUGUCCUGGUCGAUUCUUUGCUGCUACCGAGAUCAAGAUAACGCUCUGCCAUAUGUUGCUGAAGUAUGAAUGGAGGAUGGUGAAGGACAGCCCGCAUGAUAUGCUUACAAGUGGCUUCGCGUCGUUCCGUGACCCACGAGCAAGUAUAGAAGUCCGAAGACGCGCGCUAGGGGGAGAAGGGCUCGAAGUAUUGACUGGAAAGAAGUGA